AUGGCAGUGGCUUUGGAUGCGAUCCUCGCUCGGAUCAAGGAUGUUUUUAAAAGGAAUGGUUUGCUUAUUCUCUCGGUGCUGUCAGUCACCAUUGGCUGUCUCCUUGGCUUCUUCCUGAGGACGAGGCGGCUCUCCCAGCAGGAAAUUAGUUAUUUCCAGUUCCCUGGUGAGUUACUGAUGAGGAUGCUGAAAAUGUUGAUUCUCCCACUGGUUGUUUCAAGCUUAAUGUCUGGGCUCGCAGCCCUGGACGCCAAGACUUCCAGUCGGUUGGGUAUCAUAACUGUCACCUAUUACCUGUGGACAACAUUUGUGGCUGUGGUUGUGGGAAUAAUUAUGGUCUCCAUCAUCCAUCCUGGUGGAGCAGCCCAGAAGGAGAUCACUGAAGACGGUGGAAAGCCCAUAAUGAGCUCUGCAGAUGCACUGCUCGACUUAAUCCGGAACAUGUUUCCAGCCAAUCUUGUUGAGGCCACAUUCAAACAGUAUCGCACCAAGAGCAUUCCCAUCAUCAAAUCUAACAAAGCAGCGUCUGAAAGCACCACUCGUCGCAUCAUCAUCUAUGGAAUCCAGGAUGAGAAUGGAUCCAAUGUCCAGAAUUUUGCCUUGGAUAUCACUCCUCCCCCUGAAGUGAUCUACAAAUCAGAGCCAGGCACUAGUGAUGGCAUGAACGUGCUCGGGAUUGUGAUAUUCUCUGCCACGAUGGGUAUAAUGCUGGGAAGAAUGGGGAACAGUGGUGUUCCUCUGGUCAGCUUCUGCCAGUGCUUAAACGAGUCUGUCAUGAAGAUAGUGGCAGUCGCAGUUUGGUAUUUCCCAUUUGGAAUUGUGUUCCUAAUUGCUGGUAAAAUCCUGGAAAUGGAUGACCCUUCAGCCAUUGGGAAGAAGCUGGGUUUCUAUGCCAUCACUGUGGUUUGUGGCCUGGUGGUGCAUGGGCUGUUCAUCCUGCCAAUGAUGUACUUCUUCAUCACCAAGAAGAACCCCAUUGUCUUCAUCAGAGGGAUUCUUCAAGCCUUGCUCAUUGCUCUGGCUACAUCUUCCAGCUCAGCCACACUGCCUAUCACUUUCAAGUGCUUGCUGGAGAACAACCACGUGGACAGGAGGAUCGCCAGGUUCGUGCUGCCCGUGGGAGCCACCAUCAACAUGGACGGGACGGCUCUCUACGAGGCCGUGGCUGCCAUCUUCAUCGCCCAGGUGAACAACUAUGAGCUGGACUUUGGGCAGAUCAUCACUAUCAGUAUCACAGCAACAGCUGCCAGCAUAGGUGCUGCAGGGAUCCCCCAAGCUGGCCUGGUGACAAUGGUCAUUGUUCUGACCUCGGUUGGGCUCCCAACAGAUGACAUCACACUGAUUAUUGCUGUUGACUGGGCACUAGACAGGUUCAGAACAAUGAUCAACGUCCUGGGAGAUGCACUGGCUGCAGGGAUCAUGGCCCACAUCUGCCGGAAGGAGUUCAUCAAGGAUGGGGAUGAGGUGCCAUUGAUCUGUGAAACUAAGCCUAUUAACAUCCAUCAGAUUGUGGCUUACCAGAGAAAUGGCUGUGUGAAGACCAUGAAUGAAACUCGUGGACCCGACACAGUGAAAGGGUUUCAGCAGCACAUACCUGUACAAGUGGAGCAAGAAGAAAGCUCAGUAGAGAACCACACAAAGAAAUCCAACAGUAAAGACCACUGCACUAUUGAAAUAAAUGAACUAGAAACAAACGUGUGA